CGUAGGAGGGAGGAACGUUGAGUUCAGUGUGUGAUGGAAAAAGCUCUUGAGAGUCUGGUGGUUGAAAUUGGAGGUAACUGCCAACCCCACAUAUCCAAACUCCACCAUCGCUUUGCAAUUUCUUCUUCUCCUUCCGUCUUCUUCAAACUUCAGUUUCAGUAAAUAGACGUGGAAAUGUCACAAGCACCCUCACUCCCCCGUCUUCGCUCUCCCUUCCUUUCUUGCCCCUUCAAGCUUUCCACCUCCCCUUCUUCCUUCUGCGCGUCCCACAAGUUUGCAGGAAAUCAACGGUCACCGAAGUCGUAUCCAUGCAUCAGAGCCAUUGAUCUCGAUCAAAACACGGUAGUUGCAGUCUCAGUUGGGCUUGUGAGUGUUGCCGUCGGGAUUGGCAUUCCGGUUUUCUACGAAACACAGAUCGACAGUGCUGCAAAGCGAGACAACACUCAGCCAUGCUUCCCUUGCAAUGGAACCGGCGCACAAAAAUGCAGAUUUUGCACGGGAAGUGGGACGGUGACAGUAGAGCUUGGCGGGGGUGAGAAAGAGGUGUCCAACUGCAUCAACUGCGAAGGGGUCGGUUCGUUUACGUGCACAACAUGUCAGGGUUCUGGGAUUCAACCUCGGUACCUUGAUCGCAGAGAAUUCAAAGACGAUGACUGAUCGAGGUCUGCUAUAUAUUGCUAAGAAGAGUAAAUGAUUGUCGAGAAGAAAUCUUCACUUUUUUUGUUCUUGUUUUUUUUACACUUAAUCAGUCCAAUUGCUUUCAUGUGAUCAUUCAGAUAUGAAUUAGCAGUUUUCUAACUUGCCCUCCUCUUCUUCUCUUGUGCUUCUUGUGUUUCAUCUUUUAUUUUUCUCUGAAUCAAUGUACUGAAUGGGAAAUAUUGGCUUAAGGGUUUAAAUCUUCUACCAAAAAUAAUAUAAAUGUCUUUGUGCAAAA